UGGCCUUUGUCCUCCAGAGGCCGGUAGCUUGCUGACAUCCUCUCUCGAGUUCCUGGAUGUAAAGAGGUUAACUGGCUUGAUACUGGGAGCGGAGGACACCCACUGAACCUUCAUUUCUUCUGAGCUGUGUGGAGAAUUGUUGCUGUGAGGGGAAACAUGAUUGGACAGUCUGCACUGGGGAGUAAAUCAGGGGUUCAAAUAAUUGGGCACGCUAACUGAAAAAUGAAAAAGUGUCAUUCAAGGGUUAAACAAUGGAAUUAAGAUGUAUUUUAUUAUUCUACUUCUGUAUGCCAGUUUGUUUGUUUGUUUGUUUGUUUGUUUGUUUUGUGUCACCUACUCAUGUUAGCCACACUUGUUCUGUCCAGGGCUGAAGACCAUCAUUAGUGUUAUUUUUAAAUCAGCCAAACAACUGCUGGAAGUCUUGCUUCUCAUGCUCUUCGCAUUGCUAGUGAUCGCUCUGUUUGGACUGCAGCUGUUCAAAGGGGCUCUGAGACACAAGUGCAUUCUCAACAUGGACGCUGACUUCAAUGUUACUGAUGAAGACUGGGACGUCUUCAUCCAAAAUACAUCCCAUUGGCUCGUACAAAGUGAUGUUGAUACAGUAGUGUGUGGAAACUCAAGCAGCACAGGGAGAUGUCCUUCCAAUUAUACCUGUCUUCCGGAUGUGGGACAAAACCCAAACAAUGGAUACACAAAUUUUGACCAUUUUGGAUGGGCUUUCAUUACGUCCUUUCAGCUCAUCACUUUGGAUCAUUGGGAAAACACUUACAAUUUGGUCCUCCGGGCCUGUGGAUUAUACUAUGUCCUGUUCUUCACUGUUGUGAUCAUGUUUGGCUCCUACUACAUUAUAAACCUGGUCCUAGCGGUAGUGGCGUCAUCUUAUGAAAAAGAGUCAAAAAUAAAAGAAAAGAAGAAGAAGGAAAACUCUGACGCUCUGGAAUUAUGGAAGAGGAAGGAGGAAAUGAAAAAGAAAAUCAGCAGACUGAACCCAAAAGACAAGUUCCGUCUGUACGGACGGAAUAUGUCCAAAGGCUUUUCAAUGGAAUACAUUGUAUCAUGGUCAACUGAUACUUCAAAUUUCAGUGCAGAAGAAGAAGAAGAAGAAGGAAAACAAACGUGGGCUUUGUUUAAAAAGAGGUUCACUGAAAUGUUUUGUUCGUGGACUUGCUGCUUACCUUAUUUGAAGGUGCAGCAAUUCAUGUUGAAAAUCGUUUCUCAUUCCCUGUGUGAGUGGAUCAUCACAGCAUGCAUCUUCACCAACACUAUCAUAUUAGCCAUUGAUCACUAUGGAGCCUCUUAUUCAGAGGACCUGGACAAGGGCAACACGGUUCUGACCGUGAUUUUUAUUGUGGAAGCUUUUUUGAAAAUUUUCGCUCUGAACCCAAUCCCAUACUUGAGCAAUGGCUGGAAUGCAUUUGACUUCAUCAUUGUUUUACUGAGCUUCUUGGACUGGGGACUCACUGCAGCUAAUGUUAAAUCCUUUGAUCUGUCCAUCAUGAGGUCUUUCAGAAUGCUCAGAGUCUUCAAACUGGCAAAAAGUUGGAAAACUCUUAAUGUCCUCAUCACAGUGAUCUUUGGGUCCCUGAAGGAAAUGGGAAACUUGACCCUGAUAGUGGUCAUUGUGAUUUACAUUUUUGCUGUUAUUGGGAUGCAGCUUGUAGGCCAUGACUAUUUAAAUAAGGAAGCCUUCCCGGACCAGCAGGUCCCCCGAUGGAACUUCAUUUAUUUCUACUCUUCCUUUCUGAUGGUGUUCCGGAUUCUCUGUGGAGAGUGGGCAGAGCCUCUGUACGACUGUAUGCGCUGUUCCAAAAUGUACUUCUGCAUCCCGCUGUUCUUCAUGACAUACAUAGCAGGCAACUUUCUGGUGUUGAAUCUAUUCUUGGCUCUCCUGCUUAACUUCUUUGCCGGAGAUAUCUUCACAACAGAUACAUCAGAGUCUGUUCCCCUGAAGAUAAAAUUCCAAAGAUUCUUGUCUAUGCUGAAAUUGCGAAAUAAGCCGAUUCCUUCUGCUGCAAAAGUCGAACCUAGUCCCCAAAACAGACCACUGGAGCAGAACAACAUCCAACUGUCUGGAGGUUCAAAGACCACAGAUAGCAUGGAAGACCGUGUCUCUGAUGUUAAACAGAAGAAAAAGAAAUGCCCUCCGAACCAGUCAUCACAUAAAGAGAUCCCCACUGUCAGUGCACAGUGCCGAAGAUAUGAAAAUGGAUCCUCGGUUAUGGUGCUGGAAACACUGGAGGAAGUUCAAAUAGAACCUGAAAUAGAACAAGUCCAUUCAGUGAUCGGGAAAAGCAAAGAGAAAAGUGGAAAGCAAUCCGUGGAGCACACGAUGACAGAGGAGAAAAGGCAAAGCGCAGAGAUGGACGAGCUGGAGCUGGAGCAGAAGCAGCAUAACAGCGUGAUGCAGCCAUGUGUACCAGCCCUCUGCUCCUGCUGUGACUCAGGGCAAACCUUCAGACCACUCAGGCACGCGCUCUUCAAACUGGUCAAGCACUCUGUGUUCGAGGGGAUCGUCCUGUUCAUCAUUCUCGUCAGCACAAUAACACUGACAGUGGAUGACAAAUACACCAAGAAGAACCCCAAGAUUCAGCAAGUGCUGCGUUCCCUGGACAACUUCUACCUGGCCUUCUUCAACUUGGAAAUGGUGCUGAAAAUAUCCGGCCUCGGGGUGACCAGUUACUUCACCAAUGUGUGGACAUUGCUGGACUUUCUUCUGGUUGUGAUUGGUUGGCUGGGUGUGCUGAGCAGCAGCAUCAAAUCCCUCCGAUCCCUGAGAUCCUUCCGAACUCUUCGCGCUUUGAGACCCUUGAGAGCCAUUUCUCGUUGGGAAGGAAUGAGGCUGGUUGUAAAUGCCUUGAUUACCUCAAUACCCUCCAUCUCAAAUGUCAUGCUGGUCUGCUUGGUGUUCUGGCUUAUAUUUGGCAUUAUAGGAGUUCAGAUCUACGGGGGGAAAUUCUUCCACUGUGUGGACAGUGAUGGAAUCAGGCUGCCCAUUGAUAUUGUGAACAACUAUUCAGAUUGCAAAGCAAAUGAAAACAAGGGCUAUGAGUGGAAGAACGAAGCCAUUCACUUUGACAACAUCAUGGCCGCCUAUUUGGCUCUCUUGCAAGUGUCAACAUUUGAAGGCUGGAUUGAAAUUAUGGCCAGUGCUGCUGAUGCAAGAGGGAUCGACCUACAGCCUGACACUGAUGCAAACACCUACAGUCUUUUGUAUUUUGUUGCCUUCAUUGUUGUGGGGACGUUUUUUACACUAAAUUUGUUCAUUGGCGUAAUCAUUGAUAACUUCAAUACAGUGCAUAAAAGGUCCAGGAAGGAAGGUGCCUUGGUCAUGCUUUUGACAGAAGAUCAGAGACACUUGUAUGGAGCCUUAAAACGGGUUUCUAAAGUUAAACCAACCAAAAUGAUCCCUGCUCCAAAAAAUGCCGUUCUGUUAUUCUUUUACAAAGUGGUGCAUCACAAAUACUUCGAACCCCUGACGAUUAUUUUGAUAGUUUUAAACAUGUUGCUUAUGACAAGUGAGCAUUAUGGGCAAUCUGACAGUUUUAUUCAAGCCCAGGAUAUGGUGAGCCUGGUAUUCACUUCUCUGUUUACUGCUGAAGCUGUCCUCAAGCUCCUGGGACUGCGACUGUAUUACUUCACUCGCCCCUGGAAUGUCUUUGAUAUUUUAGUGGUCACAGUAUCCAUUGUAGGAAACUUAUUGGAGAAGGCAGCAGAAAACAUCUCCUUCUCCCCCACCAUUCUGCGUGUGUUCAGAGUGGCGAGGCUGGGACGGCUGCUGAGACUUGUGAGGUCCCUCAAAGGAAUACGAAGGUUGCUCUUCACACUGAUCAUGUCCAUCCCUGCCCUGUUUAACAUCGGGGUCCUUCUCCUCCUGGUCAUGUUUAUUUACUCCAUUCUGGGAAUGACGUUGUUUCAAGACCUGCCCAGAUCAGGAUCCAUCAAUGAAAUUGUUAACUUUGAAACCUUCGCGAACAGCAUGUUGCUGUUGUUUAGACUAACUACGGCAGCUGGCUGGAAUGAUGUUCUCCAGCAAAUCAUGGCUAGUGGCACACAGCCAGCCUUUGUGUGCAUUUUGUACAUGUCCUCCUACAUACUGGUCACUUUCAUCGUCAUCGUCAACAUGUAUGUAGCUGUUAUUCUGGAAAACUUUACUGAAGCCCAGGAACAAGAGCUGGAAGGAGUCACAGAUGACCACAUCGACAUGUUUUACGAAGAGUGGAGUAAAUAUGACCCGUCUGCCACACAGUUUAUCAGUUUGGAACAGCUGCCAGACUUUCUUGAUUGUCUCAAGUCUCCUUUGAGAAUACCAAAACCAAACGCGGUCAAGAUUGCAGCCUUAAACCUUCCCAUAACCAGCGAGAACAAGCUGCACUGCCUAGAUAUACUGAGGGGGAUCAGCUGUGUGAUUGUAGGCAAUGUGGAAGAAACUGACCCUUUAAGGAAACUGCAAGUGCAAAUAACCACUAGAACACUGAAGAGGUUCCCGCUCCGCAACAACAUGCAGGCCUUCACCACCACGCUGAUGAUACGCAAGGAAGUCAAGGCUGCCAUGACGAUCCAGAGAGCAUUCCGGAAAUGGCAAGUUCGUCGGAGACUCCUCACUGCCCACAAGCGCAAGGGCUGGAGGUCUCAGUCCUCCUUCUAGAGAAAUUCAAGGAGCUUGUAAUUCACCAAACCAAUCUCUGAUUUCAUUUUAUGCCAAGACUACGAAUAACAGGCUUUUUGAUCCUCCUGAAGGCUUUGUUUCCAGCUAAAUAAGGGUCAAAAGUGCAAUAAUGAAGUGAAGAAUUAUUGAAGUAUAUAUCCUUUAGGGGGGUCAUGUUCCAUCAUGUUUCUAACUGUACAACCCUAAUCAUAAACUUGUACAUGUUUCAUCAUAGACUCACUAGAACAGCCUAAUCAUACACCUGUACAUGUUUCAUCAUAGACUCACUGGAACAGCCUAAUCAUACACCUGUACAUGUUUCAUCAUAGACUCACUGGAACAGCCUAAUUACAGCACCACAUUAUAAUAUCACACGCAACUUCAGGUGGCCAGUUACAAAGCCUGAAGGUCUUUUUCUCAUUUGUCUUAUAUUAUAUUAAAUUAAAUUAGUGUGUAUUGAUGUAUUUAUUAAUUUGAAUGUGUAUGUUUAGAUUUAACAUUACCAUUUUACAUGUGAUCUUUGUACUGAUUGAGUGGAGAAUAUUGUGCUUCAUUUGUUCAUAGUGUAGAUCUUCUUGGAGAUUAACUGGACUGCUGAAAUAACACUGAAUAUAUAAAAAAUGUGCUUAAAAAUCUAUAUUAUGAUGGGGCUCCCGAGUGGCGCAUCCAGUAAAGGUGCUCCGUGUGGAGUACAGGAUGCGCUCUAUAGUCUGGACAUAGCGAGUUCGUGUCCAGGCUAUUCCUUUGCCGACCGAGGACGGGAGCCUCCAGGGGGCGGCUCUCAAUUGGCCGAGGGUUAGGUCGGCCAGGGUGUCUUCAGCUCACCGCGCACCAGCGACCCCCCUGUAG